CAAUCAUUCCCCUUUUCCUCGUCCCAAUAAUCAUCCUUCUCACCUCGCAUGGCUGGAUCUGUACGACGGCUCAUCCUUCUUACGGCAACUUCCUCAAGCCCCGCCCCGCCCAUGACAUUGACAUGGCGUUCGCACUCCCACCGCUUCGAGGGACUUUCUGCCCCUUGCCCACAUGCUCGACUGACCAGCCAGUGACACGUGCUGUUAUGUUCGCUAGCCCAGACGUUAGCAGCCCCCAUCAGGCCGGAACAUCGCUGAGAUGGCGUGUCGAUUGCUGGCUGGUCUCUUGAGCUCGCUUCUGUCUUGGGAGACCCCUGGGCUGGGCACUCGUGUCUGCACCUGGGUGCAUCAAAAUCCCUGGUGCUGUCCCCAGAUGGCCUUCAGCCGCAAAUCCAAUACUCUUCGUGCAAUAGACUUCAACCCCCUUGCACCCCAUCAGCUGCUUCCAGCAGUUCCUGGACCCACCUCCCAUUGUCGUGGCUGACUGGGAUCGAGCAGUGGUGGUGUCCCUUGCCUCACGGACUACUGAACCAACCAUCUACACCCGGGGUCACGGGCCAGACGAGUCGCUCGUGUUUUUCUCCUCCAAGCAGGAACAACAUGAAGCAAGAUGUGUUACAUAUCCAGCCUUUCCCAGCUUUGUCUACCUUUCUGUCUUCCUCCAUCCUCUGACCACCAUUUGCCCAUUGACGACAGACAAGUCAUCCUGUCACUCAUUCCUACGAACAGAUCCUUGACCCAAGAUGUCGUCGACAAGAAAUCUGAUGAGUCCUCUGCGGUCUCAUGACCCUUUGUCGUUCGCUUCCAAGACAGAACAAAAACCAGAUGUGUCUCGAAUGCCCGCUUCAAGACUCAACUUCGUUGCGUCCUGGAAACUCAACUCAGAGGCCGCUCGUGGGGAGCCGAGACUACGAAACCUGCUUGGCCAUCUCUCGAUCUAUGAAGAGACACGGACGAUAAUCCGACCAGAAAAGGUUCCGGCUGAAGAUGCCGAUCCAAGCGAGCUUUCUGCCUACAUUCAACAACACGCACCGUCCUUCCAGGAUUUUCAGACCGCCAUCUCUCUUCAACUAGCAGCGCUGGCCGAAAUACAAGCCGUGACCUCGGUGUCCGUGAAAGAAUACGGCAGUGACAGCGAGGAGGAAGGAGACGACGAUGAUGAGGAGGAGGACGACUACGAUAGCCACCAUGAGAACUUUAGCGAUAUCGACACGGCAGCCGAGAGCGAUGACAGCUAUACGGACGACGAUAUAUCAGAUCGCCAGUGGUCUCCAUGUAGUAGUCCCACGUCGAGUUUGGGCGAUUUGGAAGAUGAGGAGGAAGACGAAGCCGGACUCUGGGCGGUCCGACCACUUGCACCAAUCAUCAAGGGUCUCUCCAAGAUCUCAUGCUAGUACAACUCCAGCUGCGAUACUCGUGCUGCUUGGCUACCUCUCAGCUUCGUAUCGAGACCUUGGCUACCUCGCUGCCCUCUUUUGCGGUUUUGAUUCCUUGGCAAGGCGUCCUUCGAAGCUAAUGCCGCAGGAGGUCAACGGUAUCAGUACCGGAAAGAAUGAAGGUCGGUUUUUGGACGAAAAAAAGGAAUUGCAUGGUGUUACGGAACGGUUUUUGCGGAGAAAAUAUUGUUUGAUAGUGAUACCCAAUUUUCAAUAUGUACUGUCGGAAGAGAAACCUGCGACCAGGAUAUUUACCAAUCAUGAAAUCCUUGUUUGGGGAGUUCUCCCUGUGUCAAAAAAA